AUGGCGGAGCAGAAGAACGCGGCCGUGGCGCUGGCCGUCGACGUCGAGUCUGGCCAGGGCCCCAGGUCGGUGCCGCACUGGAAGCUCGUCGUAGACCAAGCCCUCGUCACCCCCGAGGUGCUGAACUGGAAAUACGAAGGCAGUGGAACCGUGGAAGAUCCCUUCGUGGUCAAAUGGAUCGAGCAUGACCCCAGAAACCCGAUGACCUGGUCAAAGACAUACAAGUACUGUCUCAGUGUGACCAUGGCGCUGGCCACGCUGGCCGUGGCAUUCUGCUCCUCCGCAUAUUCCGGAGCGUUGACCAGCUUGGUCAUGGAGUUCGGCAUGAGUCUGGAAGUCGCCACGUUGGGCAUGUCAUUCUUCGUCUUGGGCUUCGCUCUGGGUCCGCUUCUCUGGGCUCCCUUCAGCGAACUCUAUGGUCGCCAGAUUCUGUUUAUCCUGACUUUCGGGGCGUUUACCUUUUUCAAUGCCGGCUCGGCGGGUGCGCAGAACACAGCAACGAUCCUGAUCCUGCGCUUCUUCGCCGGCUCGUUUGGAUCGUCGCCUUUGACAAACGCCGGUGGUGUUAUUGCGGAUAUGUUCAAUGCGAAGGACCGUGGCCUUUGCAUGAGUAUCUUCAGCCUUGCACCUUUCAUGGGACCUGUUCUCGGACCAAUUGUUGGAGGUUUCCUGGGCGAAGCCGAGGGAUGGCGUUGGAUCGAAGGCCUCAUGGCCAUCUUCUCCGGGGUAUUGUGGAUCGCUGGUAGCGUCUGCAUGCCCGAGACAUAUGCUCCCGUCCUCCUGAAGAAGCGUGCCGCGAAACUGUCCCAGAUGACCGGCAAGGUCUACCUCAGUCAGGCCGAGAUCCGCCAAGGACCAAUUUCGCUCAAGGAAGCCCUUUCGACGAGCCUGUCUCGGCCAUGGAUUCUGCUGUUCAAGGAGCCGAUCGUGCUGCUCUUGACCAUCUACCUCGGAGUCAUCUACGGUACUCUGUACAUGCUCUUCGGCGCGUACCCCAUCGUGUACCGGAUUGAGCGCGGCUGGACUGCCGGCAUCGCCGGGCUCCCUUUCAUCGGCAUCGCGAUUGGCAUGGUGGGGUCGGUCGUGUACACCAUCGUGUUCGACGACAAGCGGUAUCGGCGCAACGUGGAAGAGCACGACGGGUAUGCGCCUCCUGAGGCUCGUCUUCCGCCCUGCCUGCUCGGCGGCCUCAUCCUCCCGCUCGGCCUGUUCUGGUUCGCGUGGACAAACUACCCCUCGAUGCCGUGGGCGGCGAGCGUUGCCGCGGGCAUCCCCUUUGGCUUCUCGAUGGUGCUCAUCUUCUUGAGCGUGAUGAACUACCUGAUCGACUCGUACACGAUCUUUGCGGCGUCGGUGCUGGCGGCGAACUCGGUGCUCCGUUCUGUUUUUGGUGCUGCGUUCCCGCUCUUCACGAAGCAGAUGUAUGCCAACUUAGGGAUUCACUGGGCGUCAACUGUCCCCGCGUUCUUGGCGCUUGCGUGUCUACCGUUCCCCUUCCUCUUCUACAAGUACGGCGGCUCGAUCCGGAUGAAGUGCAAGUACGCGGCAGAGGCGGACGCUUUCAUGAGGAGCCUGCGCGAGUCGGCGGAGCCCGUCACGGGGCCCUCGUCCGAGGCGGCGCCAUCGAGCAGGGGAGAGGAGGUGGAGGAUGAGAAGGAGGCCGCGGAGACGGGCAGUGGUGAGGGAGAAGAGGAGCCAAGAUUCGCGAGGAUCAAGACGGGCCACUCGGUGGCGACGCAUAGGGAGGUGCCGCAGUACGAGGAGAGCCCGUUCGAGAUUGACCGGGUGCACACGCGGGAAAGCUUCCGCUCGCACAGAUCAAAGGCGGAGAGCUUGGCGCGGAAGGUGAGCAGGAGGAAAUGA